AUGUGGUCAAUAAUAGGUAUUUAAUAAAAUAUGUAUUAUUAGGUUGUGCGAUUGCUGAGAUGAUUAUUUAUGAACCUUUGUUUUACAGGAGAAGUGCUACUGAUUAACUAGUUGAAAUAAUCAAAAUAUUUGGAACACCAACUAUAGAUCAAAUCAAAUAGAUGAAUCCUUAACAUUAGUAAUUCAUAUUUCCUUAUAUUAGGUAUUCAAGUUUUAUAUUUUAUAGGUAUUCGCUAAGUUUAAACCAGAAUCUCAUUUGGUUGAUUUCGUUAGUAAAAUAUUAUUUUAUUAACAACAAGAUAGAUUUAAGCCUUUGGAAGCAUUAUUGAAUCCCUAUUUUGAUGAAAUUAGACUGCCCAGUUUUUGA